GGAUGCAUAUAUAAGCAGAGCCAAGCCAUAUUGGCAUUCGAUUUAGUAGAAAGAUUCGACAAAAGCGGAGAUCUGUGGAAAAAUACAACAUGGGGAAGUUGGCUGUGCCAACUGUGCUGUUGCUGCUCUUUCUUCUAUCCAUCAUUCCUGACAAUAGUCGCACCAUAAAAGCCAAUGCAGAGGAAACGGCUGCAGAUGAGGUUGUGGAUUCUCCUAGGGUUGAGGAGGGCUUUGGAGCCAUCCCGGACGCACUUUCAACUGAUGCCAAUGUUGCACAGAGGGAGGCAGAGUCUAUUUCUAGGAAGACUCUGCGAGCCAAUGCCCAGAAGUUUGAAUUCCAGGCUGAGGUUUCGAGGCUGAUGGAUAUCCUCAUCAACUCUCUUUACAGUAACAAGGAUAUCUUCUUAAGGGAGCUGAUCUCAAAUGCCUCUGAUGCUUUGGAUAAAAUUAGAUUCUUGUCUCUUACGGACAAGAAUGUGUUGGGAGAUGGUGAGGAUGCCAAGCUUGAAAUCAAGAUGAGUUUGGAUAAGGAAAAGAAGAUUCUUUCAAUUCGUGACCGUGGUAUAGGAAUGACUAAAGAAGAGCUGAUUAAGAAUCUGGGGACAAUAGCCAAAUCUGGAACUUCAGCCUUUUUGGAACAAAUGCAAAAAAGUGGGGAUCUGAGCCUUAUUGGUCAAUUUGGAGUUGGGUUUUAUUCUGUGUACCUUGUUGCUGAUUAUGUUGAAGUUAUUAGCAAGCACAAUGAUGACAAACAAUACAUUUGGGAGUCGAAAGCUGAUGGAGCAUUUGCAGUAAUGGAAGAUAAUGAGAAUGAACCAAUUGGUAGAGGAACGGAGAUUAGAAUUCAUCUCAAAGAUGAAGCUGGUGAAUAUUUGGAGGAGGGCAAAUUGAAGGAACUGGUUAAGAAGUACUCGGAAUUCAUCAAUUUCCCUAUAUAUUUAUGGACAAGCCAAGAACAAGAUGUAGAGGUUCCUGCAGAUGAAGAAACUACUGAAGAUGAGGACAAAAGUGAAAGUUCAGAAGAAGAACAAGAAGAGGAGGAAACUGAAACAAAGUCUAAGACUAAAACUGUUAAGGAAACAACAUAUGCGUGGGAGCUUCUAAAUGAUGUCAAGGCAGUCUGGCUUCGGAAUCCAAAGGAGGUUACUGAUGAAGAAUAUUCCAACUUCUACCAUUCACUUUCAAAGGAUCUUAGUGAGGAAAAGCCCUUGGCAUGGAGCCACUUUAGUGCAGAAGGUGAUGUUGAGUUCAAGGCUGUUUUGUUUGUCCCACCAAAAGCUCCCCACGAUCUCUAUGAAAGUUACUAUACCAGCAAGGCAAAUCUUAAACUGUUUGUUAGGCGUGUCUUCAUUUCUGAUGAGUUUGAAGAGCUUCUUCCCAAGUACCUUGCUUUCUUGAAGGGUAUUGUGGAUUCAGACACUUUGCCACUCAAUGUAUCCCGAGAGAUGCUUCAGCAGCAUAGCAGUUUGAGGACAAUAAAGAAGAAGUUGAUCCGUAAGGCUCUUGACAUGAUUCGUCGUAUUGCAGAUGAGGAUCCCGAUGAAUCUACUGAUGAGGAUAAAACAGAUGCUGAAUCAGAAAUAGAAUCGGAGAAAAAGGGCAAGUAUACCAAAUUCUGGAAUGAGUUUGGAAAAUCUAUUAAAUUAGGUAUAAUUGAGGAUGCAUCAAACAGGAACAGGCUUGCAAAACUUUUGAGAUUCGAAAGCACAAAAUCUGGUGAUAAACUUACAUCACUCGACCAGUACAUAUCAAGAAUGAAGAAGGACCAGAAGGAUAUUUACUAUAUUACCGGUACUAACAAGGAGCAAUUGGAGAAGUCCCCAUUCCUUGAGAAACUGAGAAAGAAAAACUACGAGGUAAUUUUCUUCACGGAUCCAGUUGACGAGUACUUGAUGCAGUAUUUGAUGGACUAUGAAGACAAAAAAUUCCAGAAUGUUUCUAAAGAAGGUCUUAAGAUUGGGAAAGACUCCAAGGAUAAGGAAAUUAAGGAGUCAUUCAAGGAUCUGACUAAGUGGUGGAAGGAUGUUCUUUCCACUGAAAAUAUUGAUUCAGUGAAAAUAAGUAACAGGUUAGCUGACACCCCUGGAGUUGUUGUCACAUCAAAAUAUGGAUGGAGCGCAAACAUGGAGAGAAUUAUGCAAUCACAAACUCUAUCAGAUGCCAACAAGCAAGGUUACAUGCGUGGGAAGAGAGUCCUUGAGAUCAAUCCAAGGCACCCUAUUAUUAAAGAACUCCGAGAAAAAGUUGUGCUUGAUCCAGAGUCUGAAAGUGUAAAGCAAACGGCAAAACUGAUUUACCAGACAGCAUUAGUGGAAAGUGGGUUCUUCCUUAGUGAUCCAAAGGAGUUUGCUGCCAAUAUUUAUUCAGCAAUUAAGACCACUCUCAAUGUGAGUCCUGAUGCAACAGUUGAUGAAGAGGACGAAGUAGAAGAAGAAACCGAGGUUGAAACAACAUUUGACACUGAAAAGGAGCAGACAAAUGAGGAUGUCUCGGAAGGGAUCCCUGCCAAAGAGGAAGUCAUUGAGGAUGUAGUUGAGGAGGAAUCAAAUGAGGACCAUGAUGAAUUGUAGAUACAUAGUUUGAUGCUAGGGCCAUUGGCCGAGGAGUUUUGGAUAAUUGUGAGAUAUAGAUGUAAUUGCUGAAAGUUUUAAAAAUUUCACUGAGAUAAAUGCCGUAGCGUCUUGAAUUCCUCAAAGCUAGAAUUUACUUGCCACUAACGUUGGCAGCAUUGCAUGGCAGCCAAAUCAACUUUGUUAAGCUGAAUGAAGAAGGAAUUGAACUGUCCCUCUCAUUCUUAUUUACAAUAUAUAUGACAUUCUCAUUUACAAAUA